AUGGAUGUUACGGUUACGAGGAAGAAGACAAUGCGGCCCCGACGGAAAAAAGCCUUUCUCCAGGAAACGAUUGAACAGAAUUCUGACAACGAAGAGAAUGUCAAGCCAAAAACGCCUAAUGGACCAGAUGCUCCAAAGACAGGCCCAAACGUUGCUAAAAAGGCUGCUGGAACAAUAGGAAGAGAAAAAAGAGAACCACCUGCAGCAAUUGUUGGCGUUUUAGACAAAUUUUUUGAUUAUGUGUCGGAUUUAGGUGUGGCGGGAAUCAAAAAGCUGUAUAAUGAAACCCUUGCCAUUUAUCGAGCGCCAGAUCCUUUAUACAAGUUUGUAGAAUUCGAGCGAAAUAAGGACAAGAAUCGCUUUUUAGAUGUUGUUUGUCUCGACCACUCUCGCGUGGUUCUUACCUUCGAAGUACCACCUUGUUCAAACUAUAUUCAUGCAAAUUGGGUACGAUUUGAUAAACACGACCGAGUCUUUAUUGCGACUCAGGCUCCGUUGGAAAAUACAAUCGAGGACUUUUGGAGAAUGAUAUUUCAAGAGCAAUGCUCCGCUAUAAUAAAUCUUACGAACGAACUUGAAGACAAAGAGAGAUUGGUAGAGUACUUUCCUGCUAAACCGGGCGCAUUCACUAACUAUGGAAGAAUGUUUGUAAACACCAAGAAGCUGGACGAAGAAAAUAAGUUUGUCGUCUAUACUCUGGAAGUAUUACCUGAUGGUUGUUCGAAUAGUCUUCUCUUAAAAGUUAUUAAAGCAAAAAACGAUAGCGGAAAAUCACCUUCUACCACCAUGAUCCUAAGAAUGCUCCGACUUGUUGGAUCAUCUGAACGAAUCGCCACAGGACCAAUCGUUGUUCAUUGCGUUUCCGGUGUUGGUAGAGCUGGUACUGUUAUACUGAUAGACGUUAUACUGCAACGUUUAUUCACCAAUCAAUUACAAGUUGACCUUGUAGAAAUGUUCCGUCAUCUUCGCAACCAGAGAGCGUCAUGUUUACAAAGAGAAGCGCAAUUCCUUUUUGUUGUAGCCAGUGUUGUCGAUUAUAUUGGAACUAGAUAUCCAGGACGAUAUCGCGAAAAACGAGACAAGUUUAAGAAAGAGUACAGGAACACGCUUAGUGGCGAGAAGAAAGAACAGAAACAACUGGAAAAAACACCAGAAAAGGGACUGGAGCUUGCAAAAGGACUGGAGCUUGCAAAAGGACUAGAGCCUGCAAAAGGACUAGAGCUCGCAAAAGCACCCGUAGAAACUUAA